AGCUCUUGGCUCUCGACCACCAACUACCUCACAUGGAAGAUAUCCCGUCAAUAUCCUCGGGCACCGUAGGCUCCCGCUUUGUUUCUCAAGACGAGCUUGAGAUCGCAAAAGCGCGACGAGACGAGCAAUGGAAAGCUGCAUACGCCAGACUAGGACAGGAACCUCCCCCACCUCCUGCAGAAGACGUAUUCGAUGGCCGCAGCCUUGCUGAGAAAUUGGCGGCAAAUCGAGCAGCCAAACAAGAGGAAUGGGAAGAGCGUAAUAAGCUAGGGAACCAGUUUCGUGCUCUAGAGGAGGAUGAGGUCCUAUUUCUGGAUUCCGUACUGGAGAAGCAACGUGAAGAAGAACGUUUGCGCGAAGAAAUGGAUGGAAAAGAGCUGAAGAACUUUCGAGAGGCAGUCGCAGCUCGCGAGAGCGCCACCACCAAGCCACCUCCGAUCAUCACCGCUGUAUCCUCAUCUAACUCUGCGCCACCUGUGAAGAAUAACAAACCUACGACGACGUCUGCGGUGAAGAAGGAUACGAAGAAAUCUUUAAAAGGUGUUCUGGUCAAGAAGAAGAUGAAACCAACACCCGCUAGUGCGCCACCGCCUGUUGACAAAUCGAAGGCGGCCGAGCGACAACUAUCACGACAAAACGAUUCAGCUAAUGACAGUGACAAUGACAAGGCCCAACCUCCACAAGCAAAACGUCGGAAGCUAUCAAAGCCGAGUCUAUCAUGACCCUUGAUUCCCUGUAUAAUAUUGAUACAUUC